CAUCACUUGCUACGUUGUAGAUGCCAGCCGAGCGGCCUCCAGUGGUGCUGUGAUGGAGGGCGGCACGCAAUCGACACGUUUGGGCAGCAUGGAGCUGUGCCCCUUGCCCAUCGGAAUGGACAAUGACCUGAGGGUGCCCUUGGACUUGGACGCGCCGGUGGCAAGCACCGGGACCCACCGGAGCUAUGCCUUGAUCAACACGGGUGCCAACUACCCACCUUUGGACACAGAGGCCAUGUUAGAGGAUGCGGAGGUGGUGAAGUUAGUCCACCGGGUGGCGGUGGCCAUUGGCAGCAGCGAUGCCUACAAUAAGAUUUGUGAGGAUGUGUUCCGGCAGCACGCGUUCCCCUCAGACGGGGCCGAGCUGGAGAAGUGCUUGUUACCUGCAACUGCCAUCCCGGAGGUCUUCCAACGUCUCAAGAUUCCUGCGGAGCAUGUCAACAUCUUCGAGACCGUGCUCAGAAAAGAGACGAACUUCAAGAGGAAGCCUGAAAAGAUCUCCUUUGAGCUCUUCCAUCAGAUCCUCAUCAAGGUACUCCGACGCAUUCGCGACAGCUACUGCAUUCGAAUCCAGAGAGGACAGUUCGUGACACGAAAGAGAAGGCGUCUGGAAGAUGAGUAUGUGCGCGAGGGCGACUGUGGACGCGGGUGCUUUGGCGAGUGCUUCUGGGUGAAGCACAAGACCACUGGAUUCCGGCGAGUGGCCAAGAGGAUCGCCAAGAAGAGGAGUGAGGUCCCAAAGGAGGAGGUGGAAGACGAGAUGGACAUCCUUCGGAAGUUGGAUCAUCCUCAUAUCGUUCGGCUCUUUGAAUGGUUUGAGUCCGAGGAUGACUUCCUGCUGGUCAUGGAAGGUGCGAAAGCGGGCGAUUUGGGACGAGCUUUGCAGCGGGCAAAGCAGGAAGGGCACAAAGGCCUACAGGAGAACGUGGUGCGCCUGCUGAUUCAACAAGCUCUGGAUGCUUUGGUCUACAUCCACUCGGAGCGCGUGAUCCAUCGAGAUGUCAAGCCAGCCAACAUGGUCUUGACCAAGUUGGAUCAGUUCCCACCUCACCUGCUUCUGGCUGACUUUGGGAUCGCCUGUGUCUUCAAGCCUGAUUCGUCGAGUUCCUCCAUGUCGCGGGGCCCCACGGGGACCUAUGCCUACAUGGCACCGGAGGUCUACGACAACAACAUCACUCCAAAGGUGGACGUUUGGGCUCUUGGCAUUGUGGCUUACGAGUGUCUCUGUGGGCAUCGGCCAUUUGGAGACUCGCAGUUCGUGGUCGAGUAUGAGAGCCGCCAUGAGCCGAAGCCGGUGGACAUGCGGGCGAUUGAGGAAGCUGGUGCCAGCCAGGCAGCAGUGAAGUUCAUCUCCUGGCUGUUGGAGAAGCAGGAAGCCUGGCGCCCCUCCUCCGAUGAGGCCCAAAAGGAAAUGAACUGGCCAGAAGUGACUGGGCCAGAUGGCAACGUCACCUCGCUCAUCGGCUUCAGCAAGAAGAGUACCUUUUCCAAGGCAGUGUACUUGUGCGCAGCCAGUCAGAUGGAUACCUCCAGCUUGGACGGACUCAACGACCUCUUCAAGAAGCUGGAUGUCGAUCGAAACGGCAAGCUGUCAAUGCAGGAGUUCAAGGAAGGGCUCAGGCAAGUGUUGGAUCCUGAUUCCAUCGAAGCGCUUGUGGACGCCCUUGAUAUGGAUCACAGUGGAAGCGCAGACUAUUCCGAAUUUAUUGCUGGAUGUUUGGAUGCCCAUACCGAUCUGAUCGAGAGUGCUUUGUCCCACGUCUUCCAUGUCUUCGACGUGAACGGGGAUGGAAAGAUAUCUCUGAAAGAGCUGUCAUCCAUCCUGAAAACAGAUGGCUCCCUGUCCAUUGUUCUUCCUGAAGGGAAAACCGUUGAAGAAUUCAUGAAAGAAAUUGAUCGCUCGCAAGAUGGCUUCAUCAGCUUUGAAGAGCUCAAAGAAUUCUUGCAAAAGGAGGCAGCGGCUUCGGGCCCUGUCCAGAAGCUCCCAGUCCAGGAUCUUUCAGUUGAUCGCGGCCGCCCCAGCCAGGUGCGGCCGUCGGCCGCGGUGCCCGGGCCGGCCUCUACGGGCGGCACUGCAUCAGGAGCUUUGUCUGCGGAUGUGGUGUCUCAUAUGAAACGCUGCUUGGACUUGUCGGGAAAAAAUGCAUCCCUCCUACAGGACCUCACGCAGGCCCUGGCUGUCCCGCCCUGCGUGAAGCCUUUGCAGGGUGACACCGCUGAUCUCACCACAGACGGUCGAGUGCCCACGGAGAUUCUUUUGGCUGCCACGCGCCUCUCCGAUGAUUGCUUGCAUGGGAUUAAAGAGAGCCGCGUGACCCCCCGAUCCUUCAGCUUACCCUCACGCAGGGCGAUUAGUCGCCAGAAGCUCCCCGACAGCUGCCAAGGCACUCCGAGCCGCAGCCGCGUCAUGCCACGGCCAAGCCCCAAAGCGACGCCAAGCCCCAAUGCCACGCCGGCUCGGCCGAGCGUGGACUCCGUGGAAUUGAAGCUCGAGUUGGCAGGCCUCAGGCGGGCGCGAGCUGCAACUUCACAAUUUAGCGCUCGUCGCAAGCCACAGCGUUGGCAACCCUGAGCCACUGAGAAGGUCCAUCGCCAGUUCCAUCGCCAAUACUGACCUCCAAAGCCUCUCAUCGCCUUCCUCUCCAGCAAGAUGACAG